AUGCCGAGCUGGAGACCGCUCCCGCGCAUCGCGUUCGCAAUAUGCACAUACCCCUUUCAGCCCUCCUCGCCCGCCGACCUACCCCUCGAGAUCGGUGACGAGCUCUACAUAAUCGAGCAGGGCGGUCAGGAUGCCUCGUGGUAUCGUGGAUACUUGGUCGCGCCGCCCUCGCUGCUGGCUGGCCUGACCAGUGUCAAGGGACAGACGCUCGAAGCACGCGUCUUUUCUGGUAUAUUCCCACGAGUAUGUGUCGAAGUCCGUGAGGUUCUAGGCGAAGGCAAGGACACGACGAGCCGGGAAUCGGGCAACGAGACGGGCCAUGGGAGUCACUACAUGCAUGCGACCAACGGCGUCGUCACGCCCACGGAAAGCACACGUACGACGUCUCCAUUUACAAAAAGUUCAGGCUCCCAGGCGCGACGAGCAUCGAGGGAUGCCGGCGUUCCCGCCCUGCCUUCUGUUGCCUCGCGCCCCCUCUCACAACGCAAGUCGGCCAGGAAACGGGCGGGCAGCACAAAUUCGCAGUGGACGGCGCGCGAAGAGCACCUCCAGCAAUUGAUGCUUCCGCUAUCGCCCAUAUCAGACCUCGGCGCCCCGCGACCCCCGGCGCCCGUUCCCAUGCUGAAGAUUGGCGACGAAACACCCACAUCGACUCAGGAGCCAUUGGUGGAUGAGAUUGCGUCCUGCCUACGCGAGUGGCAUUCUACCAAAGUUCACGAGCUGCUGCUCGCACGCAAAUAUGGCUCAUUGGACAAGAUGUCGAGGUUAGUGAAGCGUCUGGACACGGCGCGCCGCCAGCUGUUGCACAAGGUGCUCACAGCCAAAGAGCUCGAGGCAGUACGCGAGGCGACUGUGUGGGAUCUCGUGGCGGGGAACAAGAUGCUCUGUGGAGAUGUCAUUGUGCGGAGUCCCUCGCAGCGCGGCCGCAUUCUGACAGGGGACGACUCAGCCAUUGAGGUGACAAAGUUGCAGUCCAUGAUGAGUCUACUGGACAGUCGGCCAACACCACAGCUCGAUGAGCACAACCUGAACCAUCUUUUUGUAAGCUUGAAGCACGUCAUGGGCGAUGUGACAAACGGUGCAGCUCAAAUCAGCAUGUAUCUCUGUAUGAAGCCACCAGGAGCUGCCCUUCAACCCCUCUCCGAGGCAUACUCUUUCGAUUUGACUUCACGAGACGGUUCCGCCGUAUCGCUGGCUGGUGAUAAACUUCGCGCGCUGCUGGUAGACCUCAGCCUGACUGAUAUUGGCGAAGGCGCCGGCUCCGGCUCAACCCUAUAUCUUGUCUUCCGACUGAUGACGAAUGAGCCGGUGCGUGCGGUAAGUGCCACGGAAAAGGCAAGCACCACAACGGCCAAAGACGCCACACAAAACAAAGCACUCGGCGUCCCGCCUUCCCAAGAGGGAAACAUCAAGAGCGGAAGGCGCAGCGUUAUGUUCGGCUCUAAGCGAAAGGAAUCUACCAACUCCCGCCAAUCCGACUCACGACAAGCCGACUCCAUCGAUGAACGCCGACGCCAAAGUGUCGAGCAGACCAAAUCACAGUCGUCAUCCGACACGCGGCCAGGAUCAUCGGCCGCAGGAACCACCCGAGCCCGCGCUCUAUCUCGAGACCAGAGGACGCUGAAGCGAUGCGUUGCCGUGGGUGUCGCAUCGGUGAACCACCUCUUGCAGACACGGUCAGAGGCAGACCAAACCGUCAGCAUGUUCUGUACCGCUGCACCUGGCGAGGACGUGUCUCAAGAGGACGACAUGUGGGACAGCAUAUUGCCUGAAAUCUACCCAAGCGCCAGUGGAAAGUACAAGCGGAAUACGCCCAUCAGCCGACUUACCAUACACCUUAAAGCUUUUGUACACGCCGAUGCCGAAGGUCUCAUCGAGAAGAUCCCCACCAUGCUGCACAACAUUAAGCAGUGCCGUAAGAUUGGCUUCUCGGGUGCUCCGACCAAGCCACGAAGCGACAUCUACCUGACACUUGCCGAGCCUUUCCUCCCGAAGAACGCCUUUUUAGCUCACCCAAAGACUGGCACUGUUCCGUUGUUAUCGUCCUCACCGAUGAACAAUCUGCAGCUUACGAUCGAGGUCAGAAAGAGCUCCGGAGAACGCAUAGAAGGAUGUAUCUACCCUUCAGCCAACAGCGCAGGCCACACAGCCUGGCGCACAACAGCAGCCCAACGAGGCGAAGGCUGGAAUUCGACCAUUCGACUUGCCAUUGACCCGCAGGACGUCCCCGGAUCGCAUCUCGUUAUGAGUGUCGCCGAUGCACCUGGUUUCCCAUUCGCCCUAUGUUGGAUGCCCCUCUGGGAUAAAGAUGCUUUUGCUCGUGACGGAGACCACGCCCUGACCUUGUACAAAUAUGACGAGUACACGUCGGGCAUGAUUGCUGGCAAGGGCGCGUACCUUGGCUUGCCAUGGAGCGCAAAGAAGAAGGAUGAGCACGUCAUGGGCCCAAUGGCGGCGGUUAACGUAAAGACCUUCCUCUGCAGCACACGAUACUCGCAAGACCCGACUAUCCUGGGUCUCAUCAAGUGGCAGGACCAGCCAGCUGGAGAGCUCGUGGGGCUACUGCGACGCUUCAACUUCGUCCCAGAGAUUGAGAUUGUCAAGCUUCUGAGCGAGGUAUUCGACGCCCUCUUUGCUAUACAGAGCCACUACGCCGGAAGUGACGAAUACGAAGACUUGGUUUUCAACGCCAUUGUUAUCGUGCUAGGUAUCGUACACGACCGACGCUUCAACCUCGAGCCUCUGGUGGAUCAGUAUGCGCGGACCAAGAUCUUCCAUUCCCUUGUUACUUCGUGUCUUAUGCAAAGUCUUGGUCGAUUGCUGGCCAAACCCACGGAUCCCGAGAGCUCUCGACGGCUGCGCGCAACUUUCAAGGUUGGCAACCUUAUUAUGAAAUUCCUGGUCAAUGCCCGAGAGAAGCAAAAGGCAAAGGAAGAGAGCAUCGGUAUCAAGGACCGGGCCCAGUUCAGCAAGGAGAUGAAAGCACUCUUCGGAUCGUUGGAGGCUCUUAUGAAGAACCCAUCACCCGUUCUCAUUGGUACAAAGACGCUUCUAGUACAAAACUUCCAUUCAUGGCUACCUGAGCUCGAAGGAUUUGCAGCCCAGGUAGAAGAGCUUGGGAAAGAGGCUGCGGAGUAUAUGCCUAAACUUGUGGAUUCAUAUCGCGCAAUCCAAGCGACCCCUCGGCCAGCUAAGAAGACACUUUCACUGCUGUUCCCGACCAGUUAUCCAUUCCAAUCCCGAGCGGCAAGUGCCGAAGCCCCCUUUGAUGAGGCAAUGGCUGAGAUAUCGGCUGUAAUCGCGGCCAUGUCUAGUCUACCCACACUGUUACUUCCGGAACUGCCAAAGGACGACACGGCAGAGUUUUUGUUCUCGGUCCUGCAAGUCUACAUCUCAAUCCUCGACUGCGAAGCAUACCCCAGCUCGUGGCUGAGUGUACACAUCUACCAUCACAAGGCCACCAUGCGUGCGUUGGAGAAGCUGUUCAAUAUACUACUCGACUCUUUUCUCCCUCUUCCCGACGAGGCUGAUGGCUUCAACACGGAGCUGUGGCGGGCGUUCUUCGAUGCUUUGCUGAAGCUUGUGGCCAGCGAUGCUCUUGCGUUGGAAACGUAUCCGGAACAAAAGCGGCGCGCGGUUUGGAAGAUCGCCGGCGACGUUCGUGAGCACGGAGCCGACUUACUGCAACGCAGUUGGGAGGCGAUUGGCUGGGAGGCUAGCGCUGAAGAUAAAAGCCAGUACGGGAUUGAGAAGAUGGGUGGCUUCCAAGUGCAGUACGUGCCAGGGCUUGUGGCGCCCAUUGUUGAGCUUUGUCUCAGCGUACAUGAGGGUUUACGCAGUGUGGCUAUCGAGGUGCUACAGACAAUGAUCAUCAGCGAGUGGACGCUGAGCGAAGACCUCGCUCUCAUCCAGGCCGAGAUGAUUGACUGUUUGGACAAUUUGUUCAAGACGAAACAUCUGACCGAAGCCGUCUUGCAGAAACACUUCAUCCAAGAACUCAUCGAAUUAUUCGAACCUCUCUCCCACGACGCCGAGGAGCCAUUGCUUGCGGCGCUGAAGAACCUCAUUUCGACCAUUGAUGAGCUACUGGACCUACUCGUCGCUGUGCAUAGCACCGAAGCAACUGGCGAGAUCUUCCAAAUCAUGGACACCUUACACCUCAUGGAGUUCCUCAAGGACAUGCAGAAAGAAGACAUGUACAUUCGCUACGUACAUCAGCUCGUCGAAUUGCAAGUGGAUGCGCAGAACUACACGGAGGCGGGACUUGCGCUCAGACUACAUGCUGAGCUCUAUGACUGGGACCCAAAUUCGACCGUGGAUCCGCUUACCGACCCCAGCAUGCCGCCACAACCUGCCUUCGAACGAAAGGAGCAGCUUUACUUCCAGAUGAUUGAACACUAUGAGAACGGCCAGUCAUGGGAGAACGCAUUAGCCGCCUAUACGGAGCUUGCAGCACAAUACGAACACAACGUAUUCGACUUUUCCAAACUAGCUAGGACGCAGCACGCCAUGGCCAAAAUACACGAAAGUAUCGCGAAGGGUGAACGGGCCAAUCCGCGCUACUUCCGAGUGGUGUACAAGGGCUUGGGAUUCCCUCCAGGACUCCGAGACAAGCAGUUCAUCUUUGAAGGAUCACCAAACGACCGCCUGGCUUCGUUUACGGAUCGGAUGCAGCAACAACAUCCUUCAGCUGUGAUCAUGAAUCCCGGCGCAGAUCAAGUCCUAGAGGGCCAGUAUUUGCAGAUCUACCCUGUUAGCCCACAGAAGGACCUGACUCACCCUAUAUUCCAACGCGCGAAAGUAUCACAGUCGGUCAAGGACUACUACCUACUGUCUCGUCCUUCACACUUCACAUCGCCGUCUCGUCGUUCACCAUCUAACGCCACUGCGAGAGAUGCCGGAGCAGAGAAGACGCUCUACACGACAGCAGAGAGUUUCCCUACAAUCCUACGGAGAAGCGAAAUUAUCGGUGUGGGUACUGUAACACUCUCGCCGCUGCAAAUGGCUCUGGAGCGAACUGCUCGCAAAACGGUGGAGCUCCUUGCGGUCGAGAAGCGCAUCACAGAGGGGGACGACACGGCGUUUAAUACGCUAACACAAGAACUCAUGUAUGCUGUGGAUAUGAACUCGAAAGACUGCGUUGCGCACUACCACGACUUGCUACCUCAUGCCAAUGACGAAGAUGAGGAUGAGGACAACGAGACGCGGCAAACCAACCCACUAGAGACUGCUAUGAGGGUGGCUCUGAUAGACUACACGCUAGUGAUUCGUCGAUGUCUAUCAUUGUACGUCAGGCCUGCUCAGCAAACCACAAAAGCAGACCUUAGCCAGCGUUUCGAAGCCGCAUUCUACCGGGAACUGGCCACGCUACUACCACCUAACAUGGCACCAACCAUGGUCUCGGGUACGGGUUCCAAUGGCGCAAUGGGUGUCUCGCGUUCUCGAAUAGCAAGUCCGACGCCCGACGAGAGUACGCUCAACGGAGAUCGGGUCAUGUCGCCCGGCGCAAACGGCCGAGCAUCGCGGCAAGACAAGAAAAGGCUUAGUCUAGCUUUUCUGACGAAGGAGUUUCUGAUGGGCGAAGCAGAGAGGGAGAAGGAGAAGGAGAAAGAGGCAAAGGCGGAAAAGCAAAUGGCUGAUGACGAUACUAUGACUACUCUGUCGUCGCGCAGUCGCAGCAAGGAGACUCACAGUCGCAACCGGUUGAGCUUGAGUUUCCUCAACCACACGCCGUCGUCGCCACAGCCAGAGGCUCUACCAAGUUUUCCCAGCAAUGGGCAUCUGAACCGAAGCGAAGGUAGCCUGCAGCGGGAACUGAGUCAAAAGCGACCAGAGACGGUCAAGAGCCAAAAGAGCGACAAGUCGCUCACGUCACGAACGGACAGCAUGAAGAAGAGGCUCAGUUUCAUGCAUAUUUCGAAGAAGAGCAGUAAGACCAGUGUCAGGGGACGUGUUGAUGAUACCCUGAUGGAGGAGUAGUCUUCUUUGUUUGCAUUUCCUUUUUAUACUUGCCUUCGCGGCAGCUCACGAGCUGUCUAAUGCUUUGUUAUGUCAGAGUAGGGAACACCGGGGAGCAAUGCGCAGUAUGAAGUAAGGGCUUUGACCUUACUUGGAUGUACAUUCGAUUUGGACAUGUUUGGGACAAGGGGGUUUUGUAUCAAGGCUUUCGAUGUUUUUAUACCCUACUUCUUUAGUUUACAUUAGCUCGUAAUUGUACGAUACAGAUGAAUAAUUUGCGACUGCAAG